AUGAAUUCCUCGUCUAACGGCUCUAAUGUGUCUACUGGUGUGAUUUAUCGAGACUCGUACAGCACGGCUGUGGCCAAAAAUGUGAUCGUUGUGGCUCUGGGCCUCACCAUCAACUACAUCAAUGGUACUCUGGUUCACACCUUCAGGAAACACCAGAUAUUUUACAUGAAUCCACGUUACAUCCUGUUUAUCCACCUGGUGGUUAACGACAUGAUCCAGCUGACUUUAUCGAUCAGCCUUGUUCUGCUCAGUUACAUCUUUUACAAAAUCAAUGCUUCCUUAUGUUGCCUCAUUAUUACCUUUUCCAUCUUCACCACCCUCAACACGCCGUUAAAUCUGGCUGUCAUGGCAGUGGAGUGCUACAUCGCUAUUUGUUUACCGCUGCGACACGCCGAGUUCUGUAACGUCAAAAAAACGUAUAUUCUGAUUGGUUGGAUUUGGGCCAUGAGUGCAGCCUUAGUCCUGCCAGAUAUGUUUGUUCUCCUGGCAACAGAGCCGGUGCAGUUGUUUUACUCCACAAUGUUUUGUAUAAGGGAUAACAUUUUCCGACAUCGUAUACACAUGGAGAAGAGAGAUGUUUCCCACAUCAUUUAUCUGAUCAGUGUUUGGCUCACGCUCCUCUACACUUACAUCAUGAUCUUCUUAGCUGCUCAGACAGCUAAAGCAGCUAAAGCAGAAAGUGGGAACACGAAGAAGGCCAGGAACACGAUCCUGCUCCAUGGCUUCCAGCUGCUGUUGUGUAUGCUGACCUACAUAGCACACUCAGUGAGACAGGCUCUGCUGCACUGGUUCCCUAAACAGCAUUUACAUGUAGCGUUUGCCUCUUAUAUUGUGGUCCAGAUUCUGCCCAGGUUUAUCAGUCCUAUAGUGUACGGGCUGCGAGACCAGACAUUUAGACAGCAUUUGAUUAGGUAUCUGGUGUGUGCAGUGAGAACAAGCAUCAAACCACAGGUCGCAGCAAAACUCAUGUUGCUGUAUUAG